GAUUCUCAUAAAAUUUAUCAAUUCAACUCGUACACGUCUUCAACCCACCAAGCUUGAAUUUUAUUACAGAUUUCCCUCGAAAUUUGUCGAGAGAAAGAGAUGAGUAAUUUGAGAACAAUUUGUAGACCUCAUGGGGUCUUCUUCUCCGUCUCCACCUUCAUAGGUUGCAGACACCAGUUUCGAUCUAGGGUUUCCUUUCGAAACCCUAACAAUAACCCUCCCUAUUCUCUACUACCCCCUUCCUCUGCUUCUUCUAUUGCCACUAAACCCUGGUUUCGACUCAAUCAGAGGAGGACUGUUGUUAAGGUUUCCAAUUGGACCGAGCACAAAUCUCCUUACGAAACUCUUGAAUUAGAGAAGGAAGCUGAUGAGGAGCAAAUAAAGGUUGCUUAUAGACGCUUGGCCAAAUUUUAUCAUCCUGAUGUUUACAAUGGCAGAGGAACACUCGAGGAGGGGGAAACUGCUGAGGCUAGAUUUAUUAAGAUUCAAGCUGCUUAUGAGCUAUUGGUAGAUGAAGAGAAACGCAUGCAAUAUGAUAAGGAUAACCGAGUAAACCCAAUGAAGGCAUCUCAAGCUUGGAUGGAAUGGCUUAUAAAGAAGCGGAAAGCUUUUGAUCAGCGUGGAGACAUGGCGAUAGCAGCUUGGGCUGAACAACAACAGCGGGAGUUGAAUCUUCGUGCUCGUCGUCUCUCUCGCUCAAAGGUUGAUCCAGAAGAAGAGAAGAGAAUUUUGGCCAGAGAGAAGAAGGCGUCAGCAGAGUAUUACCACAGCACUCUUAAGAGGCACACACUCGUUCUAAAGAAAAGGGACUUGAUGCGAAGGAAAGCUGAGGAAGAGAAACGAAAGGUUAUUAGUCAGCUUUUAGCUUUGGAGGGCCUUGAGCUUGAUACAGAUGAUGAAUAGUAUUAUAGAACUAUACAUAGUGUGGGAUUUUCUUAUAAAUGUAGUCUUCAUUGUACACCUCACCAACAAAAAAAAAGGAAAUCGUGUAAUUAUUUCUAUAAUGAAUUCUAGGGAAAAAUCAUUCUAUUUU